AUGUCAAAUCUUGGGGGAACAAACUAUUCCUCGCGGAGAGAGGAUUCCGAAGCUGUUGAGGGCAUCCUGGACUACUCUUUCAAGGACAAAUGCCUAGUUUUACAGGCCUUGAGUCUUCCGGGGUCAAGUGCUUACUCCACAGGCAACAAAGGCCUUGCUCAAGUCGGAGAUGCCGCGGUUAGGCUGCAUAUAAUCUCAGAAGGCCAUCAAAGGGGAAUGUCCCGAGGUCAAAUAUCUGCUAUCCUGGGCCGCGUCUCAAAUAACAAUAACCUCGCGGAGGUCGGAGUGAAGAAAAACCUUGGGGAAUCCAUCUUCAUAAACCGGAGCCAGGUUGGCUCUAUUUCGCCUGGAUCGAUGGCUACAACUGUCGAAGCAUUACUAGGAGCCGUGUAUAUUGACAGCGAGAAAGACAUGGAUAAACUAAAAAACUCGAUGAAUGCACUAGGCUUAUCCUUUUCAGAGCAAGCCUAA